UGCAUUUAAUGUAAAAGUCACAGGAUUUAAUGAUGUCUCCAGAGCAGAGGAAACUGACGUAGUCGCUAUCAUUGGGGUGAAUUGUGAUUACCCCGAAGUGAAUAUAGAUGGCGAUGGACGACAUAAAGACUUACCAGUGACUUAUAUGCGUUCUGAAUGGAUCCAUGUGCAAGGUUCAGUCAUAAAGAAAUGCGCUGCCACAAAUCGAGUGGUAUACACAUGGAGUAUAAAGAGACUUCUUCCAGGAGAAAUAUACAAUGAGAGGAUUGAGGAAGACUUCGCAUUGGAAUCACUGACAACAAAUAACCUUGAAAUAAUGUUUCCGCCAAGAACAUUUGUUUAUGGAGAUUACAAAUUAUUUUUAAAUGUAUCCAUGCAGGGAUAUCCAGAAGUGUUCAAGUUUGACUUCGUAUAUUUGAGAAUUUCGCCAACGCCUUUGAAUAUUGAAAUCAUAGGAGGGAAUGCAAGAUCUGCAGGAUUUAACAACAUGCUAUUACUUGAUGCAGCGACAUACUCAUUUGAUCCUGAUGAUCCAUUGGCAAAAGAAACAUUUCAGUAUAUUUGGUACUGUCGCAGAGAGAACGAAUCAUUUGCGGAUAUAUUCGAGGAACCUACCGAGGAUCCCACUAGAAUACCCGAAGAUUAUGGUACUACAACUUAUACACCUUUAAAUAUCCCUAAGAAUCCACUGUUUUACAACGAUACAGAGUUUAAAGGAUGUUUCGGAAAUGGCAUUGGGCGCUUGAAUAUAACGAAUGGUCAACUUGAAGUUGAUACUGGGAUUUUAAAACCAUUUUCAACCAAUGUUUUUCGAGUCGUUGUUAAAUCGGGCACAAAGGAUGGGUACUUCGACCAAGCAGUUACCAUAGUAGAAGGAACACUUCCAAUGAUCUUAAUCAAGUGCGUUCUAAACUGCAAGUCGAAGAUGAACCCAUCACAGACGUUCACUGUUCAGGGUAGUUGUGGAUCAUGUCGACCUUCUGAAACAAACCUUAUUCAAUAUACAUGGACACUUUUGCUCGAAGAUAUGAAUUCUACAACACAUUCUGAAAUACACCUCGAGCCAUUACUUUUGACAAGUGCAAUAGGAUCCAGCCUGGCUUUCAAGAAAAGCGUGCUAAUUCCCGGUCAAAGCUACAAUCUGAGGCUUGUCGGUCGCUUGCAUGGUUAUACCGAUUCAUUCACGGAGUACCACUUUGUAACAAAUCAGCCACCAUAUGGAGGGUCGUGUGAUAUGAACCUUAAAGAAGGCUAUGCGCUGGAUACCAAAUUUGUCAUAGUUUGUUCAGGCUGGUUAAACCAUGGAGAAGAGGACAUGUAUGGCGCUGGUCUGAUAUACAGAUUUUGGGCAACUCCUAGAGGUGCCUCCGAAAGUCAGCUUUUGUACUAUGGCAUCGAUCCGUUUACACCAGAGUGUCAACUUCCCCAGGGCAGAAUGGAGCACCAAUAUAUCGUAGAUAUAACUGUGCGAAUAGCAAACCCAAUUGGUGAAUAUGUCGAAAAAUGGCUAGAAGUAAAAGUCGAAAAGCCCCCAACCAUAGACUUAGAUAGUAUUCUGAGUCUCACCGUAGGGAAUGCGACAGAAUUCUCAGAAAUGAUUGACACUGGAAAGACCCAAGAGGCAACACAGUUUGUAGUUGCUCUUGCCUCCCUCAUGAAUGAUUCUCCUGGGACUAUGGUAUUCAACAGUGCAUCCUUCAUUGAAAAGCCAUUGUCUCCGUCAACUACAACCACCCACACCACAACUGUACCUCCAUCGAUGGCUUCUAGAGUUACACCCAGCCAAGAUUUGGACUUCACCAAGCAGAUGGAUACGUGGACCACUCUUUUAGAAUCAAGUUGGACAUUUUCCACAAAAACAAAUGCCAUUUUUACUACAAUGAGCGCAGAGGGACGUGAGGCAGAACGAAAGCGACUGGAAGAAGAAAAACUUCGUCGAAUGGAAAUUCGUGAAACGGUCAUCUCUGUUAUAACGGCUGCGGAGAUAAACACUAUCGACGCUCUUCAACAGACAGCAAUGGCUCUAAAGUUUAUCACACACGAAACAGAUGAGCUCACUGACAAAUCGCAGGAUAUGACUUUAGAUGCGAUGAGUUUCAUGACAGAAACAUUCACUUCUUUGGUUGACACACAACAGUCUACAGCGACCACAGAGCAACAAUAUGGAGCUGCACAAGAUAUUAUAGCAUGUUUGGGCAAUGCCCUUGAAUCAGCAACAGAGGCUGUCACAGCUGAUCUCAUGGAGGGAAGGAGGAUCAACGAGGCUAGUGAACCAUUACAACAACACAAUGGUUCUACAGUAGAACAGCCCCAAGUUGAACAACCGCAGGUAGAUCAAGAAACUGUGAAAGAUGCAGCUAGACAGAAGGCCAAAAAAUUUACCGAGAAGACAAUGCUUGCAACAAACAAGAUCAUGGAUAUGUGGCUUGGAAGUAUGGGUGUUGGGGAGGAGCCGGCAGUAUUCAAUACAAAUAUGUUUUCAAUCACUGCUUCGAGGGAGAGCGUUAGUGACUUAAGCAACAAGAAAGUCACUGUAAACAGUGGUGGUUUCACAAUGCCCAAUGCAAAUGCUAUAGUUGGAAAUGAAUCUUCAUCAUCGUUGUCGUACAUUGACACUAAGGUGUUUGCAGCAAAAAUUAAUCCCUACAUCUGGGAUGAUAGUUCAAGCUCUGUGAAAUCACCAAUACUAAGUUUGGUACUUGUUGAUGAUAAUGGCGACGAACUGGUGGUGAAGAACACAACAGAACCAUUUGUUAUUGAUAUAGUGCUACCCCAGCAUGACAAUGUAAUAGAGCAUGUCAUUCCUGUACUCGGUGAUGACGACACAAUGUAUUUCCAUUCAACUAACAUCACUUCCAAUCAUAGUUCCCUACAAGUGGUAAUAAAACCGGAUGAUGAUGAUGCCGAAUUUGAAGUGCUUGUGAAAUAUAAUGAUUACCCCACCGGAACAGAUUUUGACUUUCAGUUUUUCAUUCCACAUAGAAUUGAUGAUACGGCAAGCGUAAAUGAACUUGUAAUGAACGAACUUAACUACACUAUAUUUGUACCUGCACAUGCAUUGACUGCAGUAGGAACAGGAGUCUAUUACAUUGGGGUCAGACCAAAAGGGAAUGGCACAAAUGAAAGUAACGAGGAAGGAUACAUAGAAUACGAUUACGAUGCUCCUGUACUUGGCGAAGUAGAAGAGAAUGUUCGGGACCCAUUUCCAAACUACACAAUUCAGUUUGUCGGCGGAGGAUGUCAUUUCUGGGAUGUAUUGGAUGAACAAUGGAAAAGUGAUGGGUGUCAGGUUAGUCCUCUCUCAAACACACGCUUCACCCGAUGUCUCUGCAAUCAUUUGACAUCAUUUGGCGCCGACUUUUUUGUUCCACCCAACAGUAUCGAUUUCAACGCAGUCUUCAGCAAUUUCGGUGAAAGAAUCUUGGAUAACAACGCUGUUCUUAUAACAAUUUUGACUAUAUUUGUGUUUUACUUUGGUGUAAUUAUUUGGGCAAGAAGGAAGGAUAGGCAAGACAUUUCGAAGUGGGGUGUCUCGCCUCUAGCUGAUAAUAUUGUGUCCGAUACAUAUCUCUAUCAGAUGACUGUCUACACUGGUAUGAGAAGCGGCGCUGGUACAAAAUCGAAUAUUAGUUUUGUCUUAUCCGGAGACAAAACUGAUUCUGGAAUUCGAGAGCUAUCAGAUGAGAAGAAAGAAAAGAAAUUCCUUCGUGGAAGCAUUAACAAUUUUCUAAUGAGUGUGCCUGGACCCUUGGGACCGUUGUCAUAUCUGAGAAUUUGGCAUGACAAUUCUGGGAAAGGCAAGUUUACAGGAUGGUACCUAAACAGAAUUAUAGUAAAGGAUCUCCAAACCGGGGAAUGUUUCUUCUUUCUCUGUAAACGAUGGCUAGCUGUUGAAGAAGAUGAUGGAUUGAUUGAUCGCCUAGUUCCCGUUGCAGGACACAAUGAUGUGACUAACUUUUUCAAUCUCUUUGGAUCAACAACCCGCAAGAGUAUAAGUGAUUCUCAUUUAUGGGUGUCUGUUCUAUCACGUCCAAAUAAAAGCAACUUUACUCGAGUCCAACGAUCCUCUUGUAUUUUGUCGCUAAUAUUCACAACAAUGGUAGCGAAUGCCAUGUUUUAUCAAACAGGAGGAACAACGAAAGAAACUGGUGUGGGUCUGCAGAUUGGACCUAUUAGGAUCACAUUGAAACAGAUCUGGAUCAGUUUUGUAAGUAGCAUGGUGGUUCUUCCUGUAAAUAUUGCAAUUGACCAGCUAUUUAGGCGUAGCAAACGCCGCACGACUAAGGUUGAAUCAAAGCUUGAUGGUGCAGGCUUCCUCUCCAAACUCAGCCAAACUGCAUGGGGUAAACAAAAAGUUCAGAAACGUAAACCUGAUAUAGCUAUUAUUGAUGAUAAGGACAAUAUAUCCGAAUCUGGCCGCCAUUCUAGUGAUAGUGGAGUAGAUAUCCCUACAAUGAUGGAAGACGAUGGUUACUAUACUCGAGAUGAACUAGAUAAUCGACCCUUUUCUUGUGUCUCAUUACCAGGAUCAGUUGUUGAGAGUGAAGAUAGAAAUGAAUCACCAUUGUCUGGGAAACUCGAUGAAAAUGUGAUUCAAUCCAGGUUUGGACUACAAUAUGACAAUGAUACAACAAAGAAACUCCGAUUUCAGCUACCUGAUACUAAAACCCUCAUUUCACCGUCGUCAUUGACUCUUCACGUGAGCACCGACAACAUUCCAAGGCAACCAGUUGAUCUACCUCAAUUAUUUCCAAGGCCAGGCUCCAAGCUGUCAACUGGAAUAACAUCCAUUACGUCCUUUGCAAACUUAACCAACAACAAAACGAUAGUCUCUGAUAUAUCAGAUUCUGGUAAUAAAUUGAACGACCAACCGGUGAAGAAAAAACGUAAGAAGAUGUUGCCGCAUUGGUGUGCUUAUAUUGCUUGGUUGCUGGUAUUCUUAUCGACUGGAUCAUCAGCAUUCUUCACAAUACUAUAUAGUUUGGAAUGGGGUAAAGAAAAGUCUGAAAUGUGGUUGUCGGCAAUGUUGCUGUCGAUAACUGAAUCUGCGGCAGUGAUCCAACCUACUAAGAUUAUCAUCCUGGCUAUUAUCGUGGCGUUGAUCUUCAAGAAACCUGACUUAGAUGACGGAGAUGAUGAAGAGGAAGAUGAAAUUAGGAACAUACUAAAGAAUGAUGAAGAGCUUGUUGCUAAGAGGCCUAAAAGGGUGUCAAGAAAGGACCUCAAGAUAGCGCAACCUGAUCCGAUUCAACUUGCUGCAUCACGAGAACUACGCUUGAAUGAAAUAAAGAUGCAUGCUAUCUUGAGAGAAAUCACUCUGUACUUCAUCUUUACUGGGUUGUUAGUUUAUGUGGCACAUAGCAAUAGAGACUAUCAGUCGUACAACACCAACGAGGACAUCAAGAAAACAUUCUUUUAUUCUAAGCCAUAUUUUGAAAAGAUAAAUAGACCAGAGAUGUUUUGGGACUGGGUGAAAGAGGUCUUAUUGCCUGGACUUUAUCCAGAUGGCGACCCACUUACAGGAGCCGAUAAAAGAAUAACAGCUAAUUAUGUGGCAUAUAGAGUUGGUCCUCCGCGCAUUCGCCAACUACGCGUUAAACCGGAUCGCUGCCAUUCAAAUAUGUUUUUGAAAAACUUUGCUACCGAAUGCAAUGUUGACUACACUUGGUUCGACGAGGAAAAUGGAGACUUUGCCGAGAAUUGGAAUGCAAGUGCAACACUAAUAAGUAAUGACAGAUGGUCACCAUGGAUAUACAGAUCUUCAAUGGAGCUGGAAGGGAUACCGUUUCCUGGUAUAUGGACUGUAUAUGGCGGUGGAGGAUAUGUACUGGACAUUGUCGGUAGCCUAGGUCGAGUUCUAUCAACAGUAAAUGAUGCAAGCAAAACACAAUGGAUUGAUGAGUAUACUAGAAUGUUAUCUGUUGAGUUCACGAUCUACAACGCGAAUGUUAACCUAUUCAGUGUGAUAACUAUGCUCUCUGAGUGGCCGACAAGCCGUUCGAAUAUCGCCUCGAUCAACAUACAGACAUUCAGGCUUUUCAGUUACAUUGGAGCUACAGCAAUCGUUGUUCUUGUGUCUGAAAUCCUAUGUGUGAUUUGUCUGUUUGUUUUCCUGGUAAGGCUUGUCAAGGAUAUUCGCCAACAAAAGAAAGCAUAUUUCCGAAGCUUUUGGAAUACGAUGGAAGUAUUUACAUUGAUCACUGGAUUUCUCGCAAUGGUGAUGUAUUUCCUAAGACAUGCAAUGACCGUAUACAUGAUGAGUAGUGUUAAGGCCCUCCAAGGAAAAUUCAAGAAUUUCGCAAGGGUGGCUUGGUGGGACGAGUUAUUUGGCUACCUUAUGGGAGUGCUGGUGUACUUAUCAUUUAUAAAAAUGAUUCACAUAUUAAGAUUCAACAAAAGGAUGUCAAUGCUAGCAUCCACUUUGAAAGCAUCAGCCGGAGAUAUGGGUGGAUUCGCAUUCAUGUUUCUUAUUGUCUUCAUGGCAUACGCUCAGAUGGCUUACUUGGUAUUUGGAGCAGAUAUCGUAGACUAUAGUUCCUUUAUAGGGACGCUCGAAGCCAUGUUCUCCAUCUUGCUUGGACACUUUAACUUGGAAGCACUUACGAGGGUCCAUAUUAUCAUCGGACCGUUCUUUUUCUUUAGUUUUGUUGCGUUAAUGGUUUUCGUCAUGACGAAUAUUUUUCUUACGAUUAUUCUCGAUGGCUUUAAAAUGGUGAAAGAGGACCUCUCUAAACAAUCCAACGAGCACGAAAUCAUCGACUUCAUAUGGAAGCGGUUUACAUCUUGGUCUGGUUUGGAUUUUGCGAAAAUGUUUGGAAAGAAAGUUGCUGUUUAUACACUAGAUGAAAAGAUACGUAAACAUUCCAAACGCUUUGCAUAUAAAAGCUUGAAAUCCUUCGAUGUUUGUCCGUUGUGCCAAAUGCACGCUACCGACGACAGCAAAUUAGCUGUGGACAAUAUAAGCAACAUCUAUGAUCAAAGAGACCUGAAGACACCGGUUGAUAAUUUAGACCACCGUUUGAUUCAUCUUUCCUCGAGAGUCUCUGACUUGUUUGAUGAGAUGGUUAAGGACGAUGUAAUCGUAUUCGAGCAUGUGAUAUUGGAGGAGAAGCUACAGCAAAUGAAAGUCCAGAAGAGCAAGAUGAGCUCGACUAGCAUAGGGAGUUGGGAAUCAGUGGAUCUUGGCGAGAUUCCAACCGAUAUUUCAGUUUGAUCAUGAAAAACAAUGGCGAUACCCAAACUGUUAAUUCGAGAUGACCAUGCUUACAAUUUGUUAGCAAGACUGGUUUACAAUGUAGAGACAAAUUCAAAUCAUACCAAUUAGUCAAAUUAAUUUUGUUGCACCCUGUAACUAUGUGCAUGAGAAAACGUUACGACAAAUUAUAUUUUUUGAACCACGUAGAGGAAACAAACACGGAUAUCCUCUAUUCCAUAUCAGUCUAUAAAUAAAACUACAAAAAUAAAAGGAAACAACCAGAGUAAUCUUAGAUAAUGGGUCUGUCUUUCCUUUUACCGCUAUCGCUUCCUUAUACCCUGGUAUUCUAUUGGUGGGGGAAGCGAUGUCAAUUGAAAUUAUCAUGUUACUUUUCAACUGCCUUUACUAGACUUCAGUCUAGUACGAUGUAAGAACUACUUAUAAAGUAAAACUAAUUACGGUCGAGCACUUGACUUAUAUGACCACGUAUAUUUCAUUAAAUAAAAGUAAAUUUUGAAUUUGCAA